CCAACACGCAUCAUCGUUAGACUUGCCUGAAAGCAACUCCCAACCUCUCCCAAAACUUCUGCAGCACUCAUAAUUGAUUCCUUCCUUUCACCCUCUUUCUACUUCUUUCUCACUUCAUUAUACUCUUUUUUCUUUUCUUUAGUAAAUUUCUCCAGAAGAAAAGGAGAACUGUUCACCCAUUAAACUUGGAGGUUGAAGGAGACUCUGUAAAUAUAUACGUGUUUCUUUCAGUCGUUUGGGAGAGAGAUGGGUACUCUGACUGCUCCAGCUCUGCUUCCUUCAAUGCUCAAGCCGUCUCUCUCUCACCAAAACAGUACUUAUAGAUCAGCAAGAUUCAAGAAGAAAAAUACCCAAGUUAUUUUUCCUGUGGCGAGAUUAUUUGGGCCGGCCAUUUUUGAGGCUUCGAAGCUAAAGGUUUUAUUUGUUGGAGUGGACGAGAAGAAACACCCAGGGAAUCUGCCAAGAGCUUAUACUCUUACGCACAGUGACAUAACCGCUAAGCUUACCUUAGCUAUCUCUCAUACCAUAAAUAAUUCUCAGUUGCAGGGAUGGUAUAACAAGAUUUACAGAGAUGAAGUUGUAGCAGAGUGGAAGAAAGUGAGGGGAAAUAUGUCUUUACAUGUUCAUUGUCACAUAAGUGGAGGCCAUUUCUUGUUGGAUCUCUGUGCUAGACUCAGAUAUUUCAUCUUCUGCAAGGAACUUCCUGUUGUACUGAAAGCUUUUAUCCACGGAGAUGGAAAUUUAUUCAGACAGUAUCCAGAAUUAGAGGAGGCACUGGUUUGGGUUUACUUCCAUUCUAACAUUCCAGAAUUCAACAAGGUGGAGUGCUGGGGCCCAAUUAAGGUGGCUGACGGGGUCCACCAGUGGCAUAAGCAAGAAAGUCAAACAAGCAAGUUUGACCAUCUUGUUCCAGAGCCUUGUAGAGAGCAAUGCAACUGUUGCUUUCCACCCAUGAGUUUGAUUCCAUGGCUAAAACAUUCAGAAGAAAAUGGAUCCCCCGCUCGCCUUCCUUCCACCAACUUGGACAAUCCUUAGCUACCCUUUUCUUUGCCAAUCUCAACAUGUGUACAUACAAAUUUAUUUAUAAAUCUUUAUUUUAUACAUUACGAUUAAAAGAUUAUGUUAUUAUAUACAUAUAUAUAUAUGUAUAUAUACGUCUUAUUAUUUUUAUAAAAAAUAGGUUAAAAGUAGGCAAUGUUUAGAAUAUGAGGAAAUAUUAAUGAUGCCAUGCACUGCAUCUUCGCAUGUCUGCGUUUGAAUGUAAUAAUUCCAAGACAACAUGUAAAGGAAAA